AUGACUUUGAUUGCUAGAUUCGUUGACGCCUAUAAAUUCAAGGUCGCUACGGCCCUCCGCGGCUUCUUUGAGUGUAGGUUACGAACAAGUCUCAGAAAGAUGUGGUCGCAAGUUGAAAUGGGUCCCCCGGACUUCGUUUUGGGUAUCACAGAGGCUUUUAAGCGUGAUACAAAUCCUAGCAAAGUUAAUCUUGGCGUUGGUGCCUACCGAGAUGAUAACUCUAAACCUUGGGUCCUUCCAUCUGUUCGUGAAGCUGAGGAACGUAUUUUGAGUCGUCAUUUGGAUCACGAAUAUCUUCCUAUUAGCGGUCUUUCUUCUUUCUGCAAAUUAGCCAUUGAAUUUGCCCUUGGCGCAGACUGUCCUGUUUUUAAGGAAGGGCGAAAUGCCACAGUUCAAUGCCUUUCGGGCACAGGAUCUCUUCGCAUCGGAGCUGCAUUUUUGGGUCGCUUUUCGAAGGUAAAGGAAGUUUGGGUGCCCAAACCCACCUGGGCAAACCAUAUACCGGUCUUCAGGGACAGUGGCAUCGCCGUACAAUACUACCGCUACUAUGAUUCGAAAACCUGCGGUUUGGAUGAAUCUGGCUGGCUAGAAGAUAUUUCGCACAUUCCGGAAGGUAGUACCAUCUUGCUGCACGCCUGUGCACAUAAUCCGACCGGUGUGGAUCCGAGUCAAGAGCAGUGGAAGCGUGCAGGAAAGAUAAUCAAAGAACGUGAUCUCAUUCCUUUCUUCGAUAUGGCCUACCAGGGAUUUGCUUCCGGCGAUCCGGACCGUGAUUCCUGGGCUCUGCGAUAUUUUGUCCGUGAUCUUCAUUGUAAAACUCUCUUUUUGGCUCAAAGCUUUGCCAAGAAUAUGGGUCUUUACGGUGAACGGUGCGGUGCCUUUACUCUUAUUUGCGAGUCAAAGGAUGAGGCUGAACGAUGCAUGUCGCAACUCAAGAUCCUCAUCCGCCCAAUUAUCAGUAAUCCACCCCUCUAUGGUGCUAGAAUUGCCGCGGAAAUUCUCGGUGAUCCUGAGCUUAAAGCCAAAUGGAUGGUGGACCUUAAGAGCAUGGCACAUCGGAUAAUUGGUAUGAGAAGUUCUCUGAGGGAGGAAUUAGCAAAGGCUGGCUCAAAGCGCAAUUGGGAGCACGUCACAAACCAAAUCGGGAUGUUCUGCUAUACGGGGCUUUUGCCUGAUCAGGUAGAGCGGUUGACCAAAGAGUUCUCCAUCUAUCUGACAAAAGAUGGACGAAUUAGUAUGGCUGGAGUGACCUCCAAGAACGUUGCAUAUGUGGCCCAGGCGAUACACGCAGUGACGAAGUAG